GCCAGGGGAUAUGUUUGAUCUGUUUGGGGUCACAUGUGACCUUCCUGACCCACCAACCAAAAUAGGGGACUAUGACAACCCCGGGACCCCCGCGGGAGGACUGUACAUUAGGAUCUCCAACAACAGGAUCGACGCCAGUCUGGAGAAGAUGAGCUUUAUUUCUUACGACUCCCUCUGCUUAAAUUGUAGCAGGAAAGGUGUUUGCGUUUUAAGGAACGAUUCGUGUAUGAUAAAUGGACACUGCUUUGCACCUGAACAGCCUAGCCCAAGGGACUGGUGUAAGCAAUGCAUGCCAGAGACUGACCAAUUUGAUUGGAUUCGGCGGAAAGUGAACUACCCUCCAAACUUUACCUCUCCGUCUGUUUGGUUCGCUCUCGUUGGCGAAAAUCUGUCGCUUCAACUUAAGGCAACUGACCCUGAAAACCGUACAAUAAACUACAGGAUCACUAGCACGGAUGCGCAAGGUUACACGUUCACACCAAACGGGCAGCUGAACUACACCAUGACGUCUACAGACAACAAGACGUUCACAUUCGUAGCGACAGAUGAGUGCAAUGCUAACGAUACAACCGCGAUUACCCUUAUGGCGCAAUUUUGCCCAUGCCAAAACGGAGGUACAUGCUAUCCCCAUCCCUACUACCCUAGGGGGUCUGGCCAGUACGAAUGCGCGUGCCCAAAAGGAUUCAAUGGAAGUCGAUGCGAAAUGAACAUUGAUGAAUGCCAGUCGAAUCUUUGUGUCAACGGUUCCUGUGUCGAUGGUGUCGCCGGCUACACUUGUAAGUGCGAUGCUGGAUUCAAGGGUCGACUUUGCGAUGUGAAAAUCUCGAACUGCUCUGAAGACUCGUGUUAUCCUGGUGUCAACUGUACCGAGGACCAGAGUGGUUUUGUCUGUGGUCCGUGUCCUGUAGGUUUAUCAGGAAAUGGAAAAACGUGCAUAGUACCAGCGACCAAGCCUCCGAUGACGACAGAGAGCGCUACCUCAACAGAACUGGUGACCCAGCUUCCAACCGCAACGGAGAGAGUCACUUCGGCAGUAUCCUCGACCGAGCAGCCCAGGACAACGGAGAGAGUUACUCCUUCCAAAGCUUCAUCGUCGUUUACCGUGCUGCCAACGACAACAGAGAGAGUUACUUCCGAAGGUUCGUCGACCAAGCUGCCAACGACAACGAUGGCUGUUACUUCAAAAGUAUCGUCGACCGAGCUGCCCACGACAACGGAGAGAGUUACUACAAAAGCUUCAUCACCGUCGACCUACCUGCCAACGUCACCGGAGAGGGUCACUUCAGAAGAUCCGACCACAUCCACAAAUAUCCGGAGCACUGCGAAAGUGCCAAUUACAGCAGAAUAUACUGCACAGUGUCGUUUGAAGAUUCCUUGGAGAAAUGAGCUGUCUGAUAAAAGAACUAAAGAGUACAACGACUUGCAAACGUCUUUGGAAAAAGAGUUUCAGGCAACCUACAAGAAUGAUGCAGAUUUCCAGAGAGUCAACAUUGAAUCGUUCAGCAAGGGAAAAGUUAUAGCCAAGUUUAAGCUAUUUUUCAAGACUGAGAAGAAGGACCCACUUGGACCUUUGGCAGAUGAACUCAAGAAUGGGAAGCUUGGUGACAUCGACGCAGAUCCGAACUCGCUUACGAUUUUACGCCCCCAAGAGAAAGAACAAGAAGAAUCUUCUCAGACCGAAAUUGUAGUAAUCGCUGUGGUUGUGGUCAUUGUUGCUGUUCUAGUGGCUGUCGCUUGCUGUAUACUGUUCCGUCGUAAAUACUACUACUACGACUUGGAAAAGAAAUCUCGCAAGCCACCAGAGAAGGACCCUGAACGCUUCACAUACGAGAAUCCCGAGUACUGUGACAUCCCUGAGCUGGAAAACAACCGCGAAGGCGUCACCAAGCCCGCGCCUCAUUACGAGAUCAUAUCGCCAAGCCUUCCAAAGAAUUAUGUUGUACCGAGAGAAGGGCUUGAAGCUAAAAAUCACACAUACGAGGAGCUUAAGGCAGCCAAACCGAUCUAUCAGACCCUGACACCUGGAGUAUUACAAGAAGAACAACAGAACAAACCCUCUUCUCAGGCAAAAGCGAGCCAUAGCGUUUAUCAUAACGCUGGUUUUCAAAACUAGCCUACGUUCACUGAGUUAUUUCCCAUUCUAAACAGAUUUUGUUGCUUUUUUAAUUGCUAACUUAAUUUUUCUCCUUACUGUGCUGUGUGACUAUAACAAGACGGGAUUUUUUUUUCAUAACUUUUUAUACUUGUAAGGCAUGAGAUCCAUUGCCCCUUUGAUAUCCAGGUACAUAUUUUUGGGGAUAACUCACAAUGAACUCUAAUUACUUUGAGUGUGACAAGUUUUCAUUGUCCAAUUUUCAACGUCAUCUCGAAACGGCUUUUCCACAAGACACGACAACAAACAAAAUGGAAAACAGACGCGUAGUUCUCGCUGACCGCUGUAGCGCGUGUCAUUCUGUCAAUAUAAUCAAUGCACGAAACAUCGAUAACGCACGUAUUUCACAAACGUUUUACAAACAUAUACUCGAAUUUUUUUUCACAUUUUUAAAUAAGAAAGGAAUGACUUAGCUGCGAACCUGCUAAAGUUAACGGAACUGCUAAAAAUGUGUUUUUUUUUUUAAUUUUUCCAUUGAGGAUAUCGAAAAAAUCUUUGUAGUUUAAUUAUUUUGAACAAAAAAAAUUUGGACUCGCAUCUUCGAGAGUUAUUUUAGAAAAGGAAUUUAGACGCUUUGGUCUUGAGUCCGUUAGCUACUAAAAGGAAGCUAAGUCUGACCAUUGACCAAGUUCUUACAUAAGAAGAAAUCAGACUUGGCUUUAUUAAGCAGGUAAAAUGUUUAUUACACGGCAUAAUUCAUGGUUAAUUAUAGAGUCACGUGUUAAUGUUGCAAUGCGCAGUCAGUGGUUAUUGGCAGCGAAGGCCUCAUGGUUGCAAUGGUUGCCUCAUGUUGUCAUGGUUGUGUCACGGCAGUUCAACGGUAGCUCGAUGCUGCUGAAAGAAUAACAGCUUAUCGCCUGCACUCAGGUCACGCAUCAUACUCUGAAAACGACACCAUCUUGUCAGUAUCGGUAUCAGUCCGUAUCAAGCUACCAAAGGAGUUGCCUCCUUAGAAUAAAAGCACAUUUAAAGGACCUGUAUCCUUAAAAGACAAGCACAUUAAAACGGAGUGUGGUAUAAGCUCUAUUCCAUCGUUAGCUGUAUAGUGUUUAAUGGCAAAAUAAAUACCGGUACCGCCCCAAAA